ACCAUUUCGCUGCGUAAAGUCUCCUCCCCGCGACCGCUACAUUCUGCGCCGAAACCCAGUCUCUCCCGGUCCGUAUUUUAACUUCUUCACACGGACCUAGUGGUACCUCGUUGGGUACCGGGAGACAGUUUGGAUUACUGGCAUUACGGAUUGAGUGCGAUUUUACGCGGAUGACGACUUCUUCAACGAGAAUUUAGUAAAAGAAAAUUGGUCGGAAAUUUCAGAAUAUGUGGAGGGGACCCUAAUUUCAGCAUCCUGGAAGUAGAAAGCACAGAAGAUCUGUGUCUCACACCACAGACAGGUGCCGUGUGUAGCCAGGGCAGCACAGAGGAAGGAAGCUCUGGGGAGGAGGCGGCGCGGCAGCGUGCCACUCCGGCUGUGGAUGUGCUGGGUGGCAACCCCCAGGCUGCACAGAAUGUGGCUGGGGAGUCACCUCGGCAUGCCCAGCAGCCGGUCGCAGCUGCCCCCCGCCCAGUCCCUCCGUUCACCAAUCUGUCCAUUGUGCCAUUGCCGGAGAGCAACAACUCAGCAUUCCUCGGCAUGGAGAACGUCCCUCAGGCCAAUCGGCCAAUCAGCAGCGACUUUAAGGACCGCUUCGCAGAAGAAGUCCACGCUGAGGAGAGCGCUGCCGAAGUUGUCGGAGUUUCGAGAUCCUUGCCAACAUCCCUCAAUGAGAAAUGUAGUUCCUCCGCUGAGAUGCAAAGGCUUCCAACUCCCCUUUGUCCCCCUCUCGCCCCAGACACACAGCUUGACAGCACAGUGCAAGAGUUGCAAUACGGGUCACAAACUGAUAAAGAGAAAAGCCACUCAAUAUGUCAGACAAACCAGAUUCAGCCACGUAGAGAAGGUGCUGGACCUGUGGAUAUUACGGGGACAAAGGAGAAACAGUCCGUCUUUUUGGAAUAUAAACCAGAGACUGGAACGAACGUGGAACUUGGUGGAAAAGAGCACACGGGCGGAAAUAUUCUCCUUCAACCCAAAUCUCAAAUCUGUUUCACAGCCUCAUCUCCAUCUGUCCCACAAUCAAGCGUUGGUUUUAAAGUCCAAGACAUCACACAACACGGGGCUACGAAGCCGUCUGACAGGGACCCACUCGUCCACGCAAAUCAAAGCAGCCAUAUACCUCCGCCAGGUGCUGCGGAGCAGACCGGUGGUCACCAGGACUCAAAAUCGUCUGAGCUCCCUUUACCCUCAUCUGGCAACAGUGAGAUUAAACAAACUGACCUGUCAAAAACACAACCUCAAAUCAUCAAAGAGAGCUCAACUGAUGCCAGAGAAAUACAGAAAGCUAAUUCUUUGGAAUCAGUUGAGAUGCCUGAGCGUGUUAAAGAGCUCGUUGACACCUCUCGCACAGAAAGACGACCUCCCUCAGCUGAAAUACUUGAGAUCCCAAAAGCAACGGAAUCGCAUCCUGGACUAUACCCUUCUCCUGGAAAAGGAGGAGCCGUGUCCAGCUGCACAGCUGCCAGAGAAGACCGCGACGUCCAGAGGUGCUGCGACCCACUCCAAGGAGAGCAGGUCGAGAGUAGCGUGAGGGAAGAACAAACUGACGCGACCGCCUCCUCCUCUGACUUCACAAUGCUGCCAGAGUGCUCUUCCGCACAGGAGAGUCACUCAAAACCCUGUGCUGCACCCCCUCUGUUUGACACGGGCUUAGUUGUCUCGCUGCAGGCGGGGCAGGUUGCAGAAGCAGAAACGUCUCAUCCCUGUGACAGAGUCCCCACGACGGAGGCGCCGCCGGCUGCCGAGCUCGUGCACUCAGCCGAAGCUCAAGAAGUUGUCGUUGUCCGAGAGGAGGCUCACAUCAGCGGGGACUGGUCGAACAUGCGCCUGAAUCAGAGUUACCUCCUACAACGAGAAGACGGCAGUGUCUGUGAAGCUGCCAUCGUUAACGAGCUGAGUUCUGAACUCUCUACUGGGGAACCAAAGCUGUAUGAAGAAAGUGCCGAGGCAGGGAUUGAGUUAGAUUCACAAUCCGUGGAGGUGUAUGAGUUUUGCACCCUGGUUGAGGAGGUCGCGGAGGAAACGGUCUGUGCCAGCAGCAGUGCACAGAUUCCUCACUCUCCAGGAUAUGAGGUGAACUUAUUCAACGCGUUGCUAGAACACUCUGAGGAGUACACUGUCAAAGAGGACAUUGAACCAUCUAUUCACACCAUUAAUGAAAGUGGCACUGUCAUCAUCUCCCAGCAGCCCUUGCCUUCAUUGAAUGAUGCAAUUCAAAUGCAGGCUUGCUCUAACAGUAAUUCCCAUAAUUUGUCCAUGCUAAACACGAGGGUAGCUGCUGUCGGGCAACAUUUGGUAUUCGACGCUAACCAAGCUGUUGAAGUGGCUAACUCAAGUGAGGUUUGUUUGGUUGAAGUAGCUGCUGUUACAUCGGACUCAUUCGCUGUUGAACAGAUGGACGCCAGUCCGCAAAUUGGGACACCUUGCUCGCAGGUCACUGCAGCAGUCUCGGACCAAACGGACGUGAGUGACUCUCCUGUAAUUCAAACGACUCCCCAAAAACAGGAAGCAGAAGCCACAGCUGGUGCACCAUCUUUCAUCUCCCCGGUGGUUACUGGUGAGGACACAGGGAUGGAAUCAUCUGUUGCUGUUUCAGUACACGUUCAGCCCACAAUAAAUCAGACUGUUGUAAGUGCCACAAAGCCAGAGGCCAACGUUUCUUCACAUGAAGGGACCAAAGACGCCCCUGCUCUGACAGAGACUCCUUCACAGAGAAUCCAGGAUUUUGCUAUGCCCACAGAAACCAAUCCCGAGGCUCUCUGCCCCACUCACUCCGGUAUUAUAAAUCCAAAGCUGCUCCUUCUUAAACCGGGAGAAACUCCUUUCCUGAAACCCCCACCCUCCCUUUUGGCAAAGGUGUCCAAGCAACAGAAUGCGACCGGCAAGCUGGCCAAUGCCCACAGCUCAUGGUCUGGCACGGUGUCUGAGGAGUGCCUUGCCCAAACCGUCCCGGACUCUUUAUGUGCUCCUGUGGCCCUUAGCGGCCAGAAAGAUCAGACGCAGUGCUCGGUCAAUAAAACUUCGGUGUCAGCGGCCGCUCCUGUCAAGGUACAGCAGUCCACUAUGAGCAGCAACUCACUUCAACUUGACCAGAAUGCGUUUGUCACCCCAACAACCUCAACAACAAGUAAAUUUGACAAAGAGGCCUUAAAUGUUACUGAAACUGUUAGUGAAGCAGGUCCUGCGUCCCAAGAUGUUGUCACCCUUACAGAUACUACCGCGCCUUACGCCCUUUACAUGCUCUCAGCAUCAGAGGAAAGGGAAGGUGCAGUCACGGCAUCUAGCAGUCUUAAUGACCCCGUCAGCCAACCGGACUCCCUCUAUAUGGAAGAAGAGAGCGAGGACAUGGAGCAGGACGAACCAACGGGAGAAACUGAGGCUCUGGAGGCCGCUUCAGGCCAGGUCAGCAGUCCAGAGGAAGACAGCGAUGAAGAACCAGACGCAGACAAAGAAAGCGAGAUGACCACCCUCAGCUCUCCAGACAAGCAUGGACAGAGCAGGACAGACAGAAAGACACUGUUCCUUAAGGUACGCCAGUGGAUAGCAGACAGGGUCACCGGGAAUUCAUCUCCUGGCUCGCCCUCCACCUCAUCUUCUUACCCUGGGCCCCCACCCGCCAACGAUUGGUCUACCCCACGACGGGAGAAGUCCUCACUUCUCCGGGGUCCCCAUGGGAAGUUUGUUUCUCCUUCCUCCGGCUGUGGCUACAGUCUCUCCACCUCCCCACCAGAUCAUGCCCCCCCUCAGCGUCCCCGUGGUCAAGCAGACAUGGCAGAGCUGGCUAAACAUGAAGCCGACAUCGAGCAUCGGACCCAGUCACUGAAGCGAGAGGGCUUCUGGUCAUUGAAGCGUCUCACCCGCCUGACGGAGCCGCCGCGACCGAAAGUUCACUGGGACUACCUGUGUGAGGAGAUGCAGUGGCUCUCCGCUGACUUUGCUCAAGAGCGGCGCUGGAAGAGAGGGGUGGCUAGAAAGGUGGUGCGAAUGGUGAUGCGACACCACGAGGACCUGAGGCAAAAAGAAGAAAAGGCCAAGAGAGAUGAGCACGCUAAAAUCAGAAGAGUUGCAUCUUCUAUCGCAAAGGAGGUCCGGGCUUUUUGGAGCAGUGUGGAGAAGGUGGUGCAGUACAAGCAGCAGUCCAGACUGGAGGAAAAGAGGAAGAAGGCUUUGGACCUUCAGCUGGACUUCAUUGUCGGCCAGACUGAGAAAUACUCGGACCUCCUCAGCAAGUCACUUGCACACACCAGACUUGCUGAACCUGAACCUGAAACUGUCCCCCAGACUCCCAAAAAAUCUGUGCCACCUGCCGUUGAUGAGGAUGACAGAGACUUUGAGCCUCCCUGUGAGGAGGAGGAUGAUGAGGAGACCAUAGAGGUGGAGGAGCAGCAGGAGGGCAAUGACGCUGAGAGCCAUCAGAGGGAGAUUGAACUGCUGAAGGAGGAGGGCAUGCUGCCCCUUGACCAACUACUCAGCACCCUCAAACGGCCUCCACAGGAGUCAGGCUCAGAUGAAGAAUGCUCCGAUGAAUCCUCUUCAUCAGUGGAAGAGGAAGAUGGUGAAUUUACUGCCAAUGAAGAGGAUGCUGAGGAUGAGGAGGACACCAUAGAUGCCCAGGAGAAGGUUGAGGGAAAUGUGGAUCACGCAGAGGAACUGGAUGACUUGGCCAAAGAAGGCGAUAUGAGUGUUGAGGAGCUUCUCGAGAAGUACAAAGGAGCAUACGCCUCAGACUUUGAGGCACCGUCUGCAUCUGGCUCUAAAGAAAGCUCUGAUUCGGAGCUGUCUGGGGAUGAGGAGGAGGAGACUGAAGAAGAUGAGAGUGAUGUGGAAAGCAACACUUCCUCCUCAGAAUCACCAGGAGACAGCGGAGAAGACGAUGACAGCGAGAAGGACGAAGAGGAGAGCGAGGAAGAAGACGAUGACUGUGGAGAUGAAGGGAUGGAGGUCUUGCUAAAGGAGGGGGACAACAGCCCACCUGCCUCUAGCUCACGGCCAAAGAAAGAGAUCAGCCACAUUGCUGCUACUGCAGAGAGCCUGCAGCCUAAAGGCUACACUUUGGCUACUACAAAGGUCAAGACUCCCAUUCCAUUCCUGCUUGAUGGCACGUUACGAGAAUACCAGCACAUUGGACUCGACUGGCUGGUCACCAUGUUCGAGAAAAAGCUUAAUGGCAUUCUGGCUGAUGAGAUGGGCCUGGGCAAGACCAUCCAGACCAUCGCUCUGCUGGCUCACCUCGCCUGUGAAAAAGGUAACUGGGGCCCUCACCUCAUCAUCGUUCCCACCAGUGUGAUGUUGAACUGGGAGAUGGAGCUGAAACGCUGGUGUCCUGGGUUUAAAAUUCUCACUUACUUUGGCAGCCAAAAGGAGAGAAAGCUAAAGAGACAGGGCUGGACGAAGCCGAAUGCUUUCCACGUGUGCAUCACUUCGUACAAGCUGGUGCUGCAGGAUCACCAAGCGUUCCGGCGCAAGUCUUGGCGCUACCUGAUUCUAGACGAGGCACAAAAUAUCAAGAACUUCAAGUCCCAACGCUGGCAGAGCUUGCUGAACUUCAACAGCCACCGGCGACUGCUGCUGACGGGAACCCCUCUCCAGAACAGCCUGAUGGAGCUGUGGUCCCUGAUGCACUUCCUGAUGCCCCACGUCUUCCAGUCCCACCGCGAGUUCAAAGAGUGGUUCUCCAACCCGCUGACGGGAAUGAUCGAGGGCAGUCAGGAGUACAACGAGGGCCUGGUCAAGAGGCUCCACAAGGUGCUGAGGCCGUUCCUGCUCAGGAGGAUCAAGAUUGACGUGGAGAAGCAGAUGCCCAAGAAAUACGAACACGUGGUGCGCUGUCGCCUCUCCAAGAGACAACGCUUUCUCUACGAUGACUUCAUGGCACAGGCCUCGACCCGGGAGACGCUGGCCAGCGGUCACUUCAUGUCUGUGAUAAACAUCCUAAUGCAGCUCCGCAAAGUGUGCAACCACCCCAACCUGUUCGACCCUCGACCCAUCCAGUCUCCCUUCAUCACGAAGCCUAUUGUUUUCCAUACAGCCUCCCUGGUGCAGGACGCCCUGGAGGUCUCCCCUUUAAAGCGCUGCGAUCUUUCUAUGUUUGACCUUGUGGGUUUGGAGAGCCGCGUGUCCCGGUACCAGGCAGAUGUCUUCCUGCCGCGACACAAGGUCAGCCGCCAACUAAUCCAGGAGAUCAUGGACUCCCCUGAACCCCCUCCGAGACCCAGACCAGUCCGCAUGAAGGUCAACAGGACGUUCCAGCCGCCUCCUAAAAGUGAUAAUCGAGCGGUCCUACUGAUGAACAAGCCUACCUGCUCGGUACCCCCCGCAGCACAGACCCCCAAACCUCCUCCACUUACUGAAGUCCCCUCAACUCCUGCCCCUGCCCCUGUAGUUCAACAAGUGGUGUGUUCAGUGUCGACCACGGCCGCUCCUCGCCCGUCCAUGCAUCUUUCAGCUCAAACUGCAGUGAGAGCCAGCGCUCCAAAGCCAGUGCUGACCGUACGGCCUCCCGCUGCCCCGUGCACAGCCAGCAUCCCGGCUCAUCCCAGUCCAAACCCCGGCAGCGUCCUGCCCCAGAGGGUUCUGCUCAGUCCAGAUAUGCAGGCUAGGUUGCCCUCUGGUGAGGUAGUGAGCAUAGCCCAGCUUGCCUCCCUGGCAGGGCGACCUGUGUCGUCCUGCCAGGGCAGUAAACCCGUCACCUUCCAGCUUCAGGGCAACAAGCUGACUCUGUCUGGAGCCCAGAUCCACCAAGUCCCAGCAGCUUCUCCACGCCCAGUUCACGGUAAUGUGAUGCACCUGGUGUCCAGCGGGGUGCAGCACCACCUCAUCAGCCAGCCUGCCCAGCUGGCUGUCCAGAGCGCAGCCAACGCGCAUCCCGCAAACACCUCUACUGCCCCCCCUACGAAUCGGCUGCCGCACAAUGCCGUAGCACAAGUGCCCCCCGCCAUGGUGAGCAGCCCUGGCGUUGUGAAGAUCGUUGUGCGUCAGACAGCAGGCAAGGACGGCGGGCCUGUGCCCACCCUGGCAGUGGCCCCUUCCCCUCGUGUUGCUCCUCAUACUUCCCUUUCCCCGCAACCCCACGCCAACACCACCUCUGUCCGAAACACUGCCCCACUGCAAAUUGUCCAGCGCACCCCUGGUCCCGCUACUGCCCACUACACCAUAGCUCCUCCCGGAAUCCCUAGCUCAACCCCAAACCAGCCCCACCCCCCUCGCCCCGUCCUCAAAGUAGUGCAGCCUCCUCCAUCGAGCACAGAGCAGCCAGCUCCAGUUCAGCUGGCCUCCUCGUCCUCUGCCUCAAAGGCUUCUUCUUCAUCAGCGCCACGUGACAGCAGCAGUCAAACACCCGUUACCACGAAGUCGAGGCCCAGUACUAGUGCGAAAGCUUUCCCUCCACCCAGGAGAGUCCCUCGUCCACCUCCUCGUUCUCCUUUCCACAUGCCAUGGCUGGCAGACUGCCAUAAACAGCAGCGCGAGAGCCGGCUGGACUUCAUCAUUCGAGUCAACGAGAACCACUGUGCGGCAAAGCCCAUGUACGGCCGGGAGGUUUUGAACUUUUUGACUUUCCUCCCUGGUCCCCGUCCCUCGCCAGCCCCCCUGAGCUCUAAGGGGGAGUGGGGCCGCUCGGGCCACAGCAGCUGUCUGUUCGCACAGUGGCAAAACAAAUACGACUUCUGGCUUCAGAGUCACGCUGUGAGAGAGGCCAUCCACAGCAUUGAUGACAGGCUGGAGCUGCUCAAUGAUCUCAUAGACAGGUUUACAUUUGCGAUUCCCCCAGUGGAGGCUCCUCCGAUCUCCAUGCACUGCUGCCAUCCUCCUCCCUCUGUAAGCCACAAGCAGGCGGUCUUCUCCAACCUGCUGUCAACUCAAGUCACUCCGCUUACUCGCAGUCUCCAUCGUAUCCAGUGUUACAUGCGGACCCAGUUCCCGGACCUGAGGCUCAUACAGUAUGAUUGUGGUAAGCUGCAGACUCUCCACACUUUGCUGCGAAAGCUGAAGACAGGAGGUCACAGAGUGUUGAUCUUCACCCAGAUGACGCGUAUGUUAGAUGUGCUGGAGCAGUUCCUUAACUACCACGGACACAUCUAUCUCCGUCUGGAUGGCAGCACCCGUGUGGAGCAGAGACAGUCUCUAAUGGAGCGCUUCAACGCAGACCGGCGUAUUUUCUGCUUCAUUUUAUCAACUCGCAGCGGAGGUGUAGGGGUGAACCUGACUGGGGCCGACACCGUAGUUUUCUACGACAGUGACUGGAACCCCACCAUGGAUGCUCAGGCACAGGACCGCUGCCACCGAAUCGGCCAGACCAGAGACGUCCACAUCUACAGGCUGAUCAGUGAGCGAACAGUGGAGGAGAACAUUUUAAAGAAAGCCAAUCAGAAGAGGAUGCUGGGAGAUAUGGCUAUUGAAGGAGGAAACUUUACCACUGCCUUCUUCAAACAGCAAACCAUCCGAGAGCUAUUCGAUAUGAACGAAGGGGAGAGGAGGGAUGUGGCAGUGGAGUUAUCGGUGCCCCAACCCGAGGAGGAAGAGGCUGUCAACAAACAGAGCACCACCAUUCUGGAGCAGGCCCUGUGUCGUGCCGAGGAUGAGGAGGACAUAGUCGCAGCCUCGCAGGCCAAAGCAGAGCAGGUGGCAGAACUGGCGGAGUUCAACGAGAACAUACCGCUGGAUGAUGGAGGGGAGCAAGAGGAAGUGGAGGAGCUGUCGAAGGCCGAGCAGGAAAUCGCUGCUCUGGUGGAGCAGCUCACUCCCAUUGAACGCUACGCCAUGAACUUCCUGGAAGCCUCAUUAGAAGACGUAUGCAAGGAGGAGUUGAAGCAGGCUGAGGAGCAAGUGGAGGCCGCCAGGAAGGGCCUGGACCAGGCCAAGGAAGAGGGCCUGAAGCUCCACGCUUCAUCCGAUGACGAGGACGAUGACUUUUUGUCACAGCCAGCGUCUGUGGAGCCUGCUCAGCCAGCCCGCCGAGGCCGUAAACCCAAGGACAAGGACAAGGACAAGGUUGUCCCGUCUACAAGGACUAGUGGUCGGCUGCGUGGGGCUUCGCCCGAAACGGAGUCUGAGACGUCCCCGAGAGAAGUGCCUGAAAGACUCCGCUGUGGUCUGAGAGGACGAGGAUCUGCCAAAGACGCCACGUCUACCACCCCGUCCCGCACAGACCAUCACAAAACCUCUUCAUCGACCAGGCUUCAGGAUUCCUCCAAAUCUUCGAAAGCCUCGUCUCCUGCCAGAGAUCACCAGACUAGCAAAACCAGGACUCUGCCAAACCGCUCCCAUCCAAGUCCAGUGCCUUCCCCUCCUACCACCUCUCCCCCUGGAGGGAAACCGCAGUGUGCUGGGGAGACUGACGGCAAGACCUCCAAAGCCUGCCGAGAGGAGAAAGACGGGGAGAAUGAGAGGAGGCUGUCUGAGUCUUCGCUAGAAUCCAGCUGCCCGUUGGACCAACAGGCAAAAGAUGAGGACACCAAAGACAACAGCGCCAUGUCUCCCCCCUCCACCAGCUCCCGGUCACCUCGCAAGCGCCAGUCAGCGGACGGUGAAGUCCUGCGGGGCCUGGUUGAAGACUCUCCAUCAGCCAAAGUCCUGCGGAAGCUUCCAGGGAGGCUGGUCACGGUAGUGGAGGAGAAGGAGCCAAGGAGGAGGAGGCGGAGAGGAAGCGGCACUGGAGGUGGAGCUUCUUCAGAGGAGGCAGCCGUGGAGGAGAACGCUGCCGGAUUGGUCGACGAACCAAACAAAGACAACACAUCACCGUUGGGCCCCGACUGUAAAACUAAAGGGGCCAUUACCAAAUCUCCUCAGGACCAAGACUCUACUCCGAGUCAGUCGGUGCACCCGCCGCCUGUCAGAAGUUAUCCUCCGUAUUCGCCACCCCAUCUUUCUCCUGACAUGCCUGUGCUGAGAAAUCUGCCUGUACGGCGCAGGUUGGAAACUGAAUCUCGCAUGGCCGCCCAGCUUGUAGAGCAACAGCAGCAACUGGGUCGAGGAAGAGGAGGGAACCAGUCCAGAAAAACUGACAUGCCACCUGGCAAAGACUUGCCCUCUACAGAGUCCAGUGUGAAUUCUCUCGUGACACCUUUGAAAAGAAAGAGGGGCCGGCCCCCUAAGACUCCUCCUACGUUACCUGUGUCUGACAACACAGUGGCCGCUUACCCACAGCCCACCUUGCCAGUUGAGGAGGGGAACCCCCCUCUCUCCCCAAAACGUAAGAGGGGUCGUCCUCGCAAAGACUCCACAACCACGCCAGAAACUGUGAGUGAAGGCCAGAACUCUAAAAAUGAGACCACUACUGCUGGUGUAUCUGUUAUAUCAAAAACAGAUGCCAGCACGGAGUCGACGGUCUUGUCUCCCCACAAGUCGGAGACCCCUAUAGCUGCUGUUGUCACUACAAUUCAGGCCUCCCAGUCUACCAAAAAUGAGGAAACGGACACUAAGACUAAGGUUUCAGCCCCUGCUCCAAAUCCAGAAGGAGCCCCCACAACAACAACAGAUAAAGCUUCUACACCAACAGUCACAGCUUCAGUCAAAGCACCCACAGCACCUGCACCCCUUCCUGUGGUUGCCUCCGCAUCAGCCUUGGCCCAAUUUGUUAGUUCAGCUACAGCUCCAAGCUCAGACACAGCGUCAACGCAGGCGUCCUCUGCAUCCUCUGUCACCCUUUCUAUGUCUGCUAUUAUCCCCGUCGCUGCUCCCCCCACUUCUACAACUCCAGUGCCACCUGCCAGCGCUGUCGCACCAACUCUUGCAGACAUAAAACCAACACUUGUGGUUUCCACUGCUCCUAAAGCUCCCGUAGAGCUGAACCCUUCAGGAUGUACAACAACAGACUCUGCCAAAACCACCACGGUUUCCACACCAGCUGCUACCACUCCAUCGACCGUGUCGUCUUCUGCCGUGGCCGUCAGCGCAGUUCCGAAAUCGGUACCUGCCACAACAACUACAGAAGCUGCUAGCGUAAUAUCAAAAACAGUCAGCGUGACACCAGCAGUCACUACUACAGUAAAAUCUAUAACUACGGCUGUUGAGGACUUGCCGCAAGCUUCUGCUCUUUCAUCGACAACAUCCACCCCAGCUGCUGUAUCCUCUGCUCCAGCUUCUCUAUCUUCUGCUCCAACUGCCACCCAGAAGGUUUCUGCUACGACAUCUACCCCAGCUGCUCUAUCCUCUGCCCUAGCUGCUGUAUCCUCUGCUCCUACUUCUCUAUCUUCCGCUCCAACUGCCACCCAGAAGGUUUCUGCUAUAACAUUUACCCCAGCUACUGUAUCGGCCGCCCUAUGUACUGAAUCCUCUGCUCUAGCUGCUCUGUCCUCCGCUCCAGCUGCCACCCAGAAGGUUUCAGCUACAGCUACCAGCCCAGCUUCAAUUUCACCACAACCAACCUCAACAUCUCCCCCCACUACAGCAACAACUAGGACGACGACAACAACAACAACAGUAAAAGCAGUCCAAGCUAGUCCGUCAAACUCAACAAGUCCAAGCACAGUCCCCACUGCAAGUCCAACGAUGUCUACGUCUAGCACACCAUCCGUAACAACGGUCUCUUCAUCGGCUGCAAACACCGUUCCAUCUUCUUCAGCUCAAGCAAAGACUACUGUGACAACUACUAAAGUCCCUACCAAGCCCGUCUCAACCUCACCACCACCACCACCAGUUCAAGUGGCUGCACAGGCACAGGAAACUGUUCCAGCUGUUUCCACGUCCUCAACAACACCUGCUGCUACACUAACCCCAACUUGCACUCCUUCCCCAACAACACCUGCCAGCAUGACCACCACAGCCGAGACAGUUACAGUAACUUCAUCUUCCCCAACAGGGAGAGCAGAGGGGGCCCCAGGAACGACCCCUGUAGCAGCAGCAGCAGCCCCUUCUUCCAAAGAACACACAACUUCAACGACUCCUGCUACAACUGCAGAAAAGACUGUCAAGACCCCCCCACCCCCAGUAGGAACUUCCACAGGUGCCCCAGUCACCACAACUCCAUCUCCAGAAAAGGCCAUCACAGUUUCCACCACAAACGUCCCAACUACCCAAGUAUCGACUACCACAGCCACCCCUGUGUCCGUAGCAACCGUAGCAGCUACCGCAGCUGUGUCCACUUCACAAACUUCUGCGGCCGUUUCCCCGCAAGUACAAAGCUCUGCAUCCACAGAGGUUUCCCCAGAUGUGUCUUCACCAGCCCACACAGAGGCCCAGAGGCCCCCGCUUCCCACAUCUGCAUCCUCUAGUGUUUCGUCUGAGAAACAAUCUUCAGAGCCAACAAAGAAAGUGUCUGCACCUAAAAGUGACCCGGACAGGGUGACCGAAAUGGAAGUAGACGCUGCGGAGCCUGAAUCAAGGUCUAGCAAGGAGGAGGAUGACAAACGGGAGGACACCUGUGAGUCUCAGCCUAACAAGGAGGACACCUGCGAGUCUCAGCCUAACAAGGAGGACACCUGCGAGUCUCAGCCUAACAAGGAGGACACCUGCGAAGUCCUCAGCCUAACAAGGAGGACACCUGCGAGUCUCAGCCUAACAAGGAGGACACCUGCGAGUCUCAGCCUAACAAGGAGGACACCUGCGAGUCUCAGCCUAACAAGGAGGACACCUGCGAGUCUCAGCCUAACAAGGAGGACACCUGCGAGUCUCAGCCUAACAAGGAGGACACCUGCGAGUCUCAGCCUAACAAGGAGGACACCUGCGAGUCUCAGCCUAACAAGGAGGACACCUGCGAGUCUCAGCCUAACAAGGAGGACACCUGCGAGUCUCAGCCUAAAAGGAGAAAGGUGGAGAGUUCCUCUGAGACCAAAGACGUUGAGUCAGGAAGGGAGAGAGCAGGCGGAGACGCACAGCCUGCAACUGCCACUCGGAAAGAAAAACCUAAGCAACAGCCGGUGGAGCAGACUACCGAAGAUCAGAAAACUCCAAUCCAGAAAAGGCCUCUUAGUCGCCAGAGUAGCCAGGAGUCUGCUCAGUCCUCUUCGUCCUCCUCUACAUCAACCUCAACCCUCACUCGUCACGCUCACCACAAGAGGACUUACGAGAACCGGCAUCCUGCCAAGAAGAGGCGAAUGGAUGUCACCUCAGAAACGGGGAAAGAGGAGAAAACCGAAGAGGACGUGGUGAAGGAAGGGGAAGGUGGCAAGAAGGCGCUCGCCACCGCUACGUCUCGGGGAAGGCGCUCCAGUUCGUCCUCUUCCUCCUCGGACUCCGACAACGGCGAGAGCAGGAAGGAGCGCCGAUUGACUCGCUCAGCCAAGCACGGGCUACCAG